AUGUCGUACGAUCGUGCCAUCACCGUCUUCUCGCCCGAUGGACACUUGUUCCAGGUCGAGUAUGCUCUCGAGGCAGUCAGAAAGGGAACCACUGCUGUGGGCGUGAGGGGCAAGUCCAUCCUCGUGCUGGGUGUGGAGAAGAAGUCUGUGCCCAAGCUGCAGGAUCCCCGCACGGUGCGCAAGAUCGUGCAGCUAGAUGAUCACAUCUCGCUCGCCUUUGCCGGAUUGACGGCCGAUGCACGCGUCCUCAUCAACAAGGCACGACUCGAGUGCCAGAGCUACUCGCUCACCAUCGAAGAGCCCGUGUCCGUCGAGUACGUCGCCAAGUACAUCGCUGGCGUUCAGCAGAAAUACACACAAAGCGGUGGCGUGCGACCAUUCGGUAUCUCCACGCUCGUGAUCGGUUUCGACGACGGCAAGCCACGCCUCUUCCAGACCGAUCCCUCUGGCACUCACGCCGAGUGGAAGGCCAACGCUACUGGUCGUAACUCCAAGACGGUGAGAGAGUUCUUGGAGAAGAACUAUCAGGAUGGCAUGAGCGAUGAUGAAGCGAUCAAGCUUGCCAUCAAGGCCCUGCUCGAGACUGUCGAGGGAACGAGCAAGAACCUGGACAUUGCGGUGAUGCGUUCCGAUAAGAAGCUGACCUUCUUGCCCGAUGAGGAGGUGGACAAGGUCGUGAAGGUCAUCGAGGAAGAGAAGGAAGAGCAGAAGGCCAAGCCCAAGCAGCAGCAGUGA